CAGAAAGACAGACAAAAUGCAGGCAGGGCGCAGGACAAAGCAGUGGGGACAAAAUGUAUGUGAAAAAAAAAGUUUUUAAAAUUUUUAAAUUUGCCGCCGGUUCCGGCCCCCAUACGUCCCGACGUCACAGGGACUGGAACACAGAAGCCAGAUGCCGGGCAUCGGCCGGAGGAGAUGGCCGGGGACGCUGCAGGAGGGACAUCGCGGCAGCGAAGGACAAGGGAAGCGCUGCAGGGAAUCCCUGAGCAACGUCGCAUGGUAAGCCCGAGUGUAGCACGGGGAUACUGCUUUUGGUACUGAAAU